UCCGGCUGCGGCCCGGCUGGUCCAUCAGCACUAUGACCACCAACGCCGAGGUGCCGCGCCGGCGACCGGGAGUCGGGGUAGGAGUAGUGGUGACCAGCUGCAAGCAUCCUCGUUGUGUCCUCUUGGGGAGGCGGAAAGGGUCGAUUGGAGCUGGCAGGUUUCAACUUCCUGGGGGCCAUUUGGAGUUCGGUGAGACCUGGGAAGAAUGUGCUCAAAGGGAAACCUGGGAAGAAGCAGCUCUUCACCUGAAAAAUGUUCGCUUUGCCUCGGCUGUGAAUUCGUUCAUUGAGAAAGAGAAUUACCAUUAUGUCACUAUAUUAAUGAAAGGAGAGGUGGACAUGACUCACGAGUCAGAACCAAAGAACGUAGAGCCUGAAAAAAAUGAAAGUUGGGAGUGGGUUCCUUGGGAAGAAUUUCCUCCACUAGACCAGCUUUUCUGGGCACUACGUUGUUUAAAGGAACAAGGCUAUGAUCCAUUUAAAGAAGAUCUGAACCACCUGGUCGGCUAUAGAGGGAAUCAUCUCUAGCGGGUCAAGAAAAUUCCUUGAUUUCUUAAAAAAAAAAAAAAAAAAAAAAAAAAAUAAGAUCUGGUUACAGAGCAAAAAUGUCUGCAUUUCAAAACAACUCUCCCUUAGCUAAAAAGUUCUGCAUGGUUGUAAUAUUUGCAUCACCCUUACGACCAGUGCUUGAGAAAACUUUUCUGGAAUGUGUAAUAGACAUGUAUCUCAGACACAGAAUGUGUGAAAACGGUAAUGUUGUAGUUACUCUGCUUCCCAUUUUUAGGGCAUUUACUGUGCAGUUUGUCAUGAUCAGCUUGCGUGGAUAGGGUGCAACACGUGUGUAUUAGUGUUUCAGUUCAAAUAGAGACCCCAAUUCAAAUAUCAUAAUUGAACUCAAGCACACUGUGCCUGUUGCAUAAUUUAUCGUGUUUAUUGACUUUUUUCUUAUAUUUAAAAAAAUAUUUUGGCUAAUACAUUUUGACAUCUUUGCAACUAGAAAGAACAGGAAAGGCCAUGAGGGUCUAUUUCCCAGGUUUGGGUUGAGAACCUAACCCAAGAGAAGUGAGACAAACCAUCUAAGAUAUGUGUUCUACCAUUAACAGGCUAUAUAAUUUUGGAUUUCUCACGUUCUCUGAGAUCUAGCAUUCUUAUCUGUAAAAUAAGGGGAUCAAACUAUAGCAGUGGUUCUCAAAGUAGGGUCUAGGGCUCCUCAAGAGCCUUUUAAGGGUAUUGAAGGUCAAAAGACUCUAGUACUGUUGUAAUUCAUGCUAUAAAGACAUCUUUUUUCAGUGAGUAAGUAUACCACUUUUUCAGUUCUUUUCUCAAUAGUUUGCUUUUUCAGAAUUAUAUGUACAUUGUCUAAUUUACCAUUUUAAGUCUCAUUUUCUGCUCAUUGUAUCUCUAUUAUUUUUUGACAUUAAAAUUGUUUGAGGAGCUCAA